UGCCGGCAUGCGCUCUCACCUCAAUCGCGUUGUCUUUCGCAAACUGCUGGCCAGCGAACCCAUAGCACACCGCGGUUGUCUUCGUCCAUACCAAUAUCUGUCGUCAUGUUCGCCCGAACUCCAAGCCCUCCCGAGGGUUCAACGUCGCUCCUUCAUGAACAUCUUCAAGAAACCUCAACGUGUGACUUCGGAACCGAGAAUGGCCCCUGGCUUAGAAAAGAUGAUGGAAUACUCCAAGAUGGAGAGACUCAGUGCAAGACUGCCGCCGCCCGACGACCUCCUCAAGGCUGUCACUGCCUAUUUUCUCUACAAGUCGACCUUCAGGACUAUUAGCAAGGAUAUUCCCGACGUUCAGGCCCAACAUCUCCUUCGCUGUUUAAAAUACCUAGAUCAACACCUUGGUUUGGCAAUUCUCGAAGCCGAAGUGCUACGCUCAUGGAUAAUUGUCCUUGACCAUAGAGCCCACAAGAAUUCUUCCAUCCACCGAGAGAUCGUCGAACUCUUAUACGGUGCGCUCUGUGGGAACAGAGCACAACGAGGAAACCUCUUGUCGCUGAGAGACAGGUGGGCUUACACAAGAGCCAUGUGUGCUACCGGAGGCACUGCGAAAGCUAGAGAUGAAGUCAUUAGAUACGGUCAGGCACAUGGUGACACAGACCAAGAUUACAAGCCCAUAAUGCAUUGGGAAUUGAUUAUCAAGGGCUUCGCAAAGGAACAGAAUGAGCAGGAACUUCUUCGUACUUUGAAUCACAUGGACGAAUAUGCUGUCAAAGGAUCUAGACAGUCUAUCAUGGAAACAGUAACAAGGUUCUACAUCGCUGAAAACAAGAUUGAGAACGCAUUCGAAUGGUACAACAGAAUCAAGGAGCAUGUUGAUGAUGAGUCAAGGUUCGUUCGCUUACAACGGAAACUGCUUGUUCUAAGCAUGCAUACCUCAAACAUGAGGCUUGGCCAGCUCGUCAUUCGGGACAUCACGGCAGGAACUCCAACAAAAUAUCAGUGGGAUAUGAUAUUAGAAUGGGCUGUAGCGACAGGCAAGGGAGCCGACGAGAUCGACCGCAUGAUCGGUGUCAUGGAACGAGCGAACCAAUCUCUUCCGAAAAACGAAUGGCGGACUCCCGAUACUUUGACGUUGAACAGACUAGUCAAGGUGGCGGUCGAUCGCAAAGAUCCAUACCUUGCCGAACGCCUCAUUGCUAUAGGCCGAGCAAGAAACAUUCAACCCGAUGCGCUGACGCUCAUCUACCAGAUGGAGUAUCGCCUAGCUGUCAAGGAUGUUGAUGGUGCUUCGACUGUGUACAAGCAUCUGCAGUCUCAUGACCUUUCGAAGAACGAAGAUAUCUCUGUGGUCAACGAGCUUAUCCGCGCUAUGUGCGCAUCUGGACGACAAGACUUUGACAGCAUAAUGAAUGUCGCAGCUGAUCUCUCAGACCGUCAAGCACGUUUUGAGCCCGACACCGUAUCAGCAUUGUCCGUGUUGCAUCUUUCGCGUGAUGAGGUACACGACGUGAUUGAUCUUCUCAACACUCACGUUUAUGGCUUUGACAUUGCUGGACGUGCGUCUGUACAGAGCACGCUGAUUGACUAUUGUCUCAGGCCUUCGACAACAACAGCUCAAGCGUGGGAUACAUAUAUCAUUCUAAAGCAGGUCUUUGAUGAUACCACUCGAGAGCAGCGCGUCAGGAUAAUGAACGAGUUCUUCAGACGGCAACGUCCAGACAUGGCAGUACACGUCUUCAACCAUAUGCGAGCGCACACUCGGCAGGAUACCAUCCCUAACGUUGAAACAUAUGUUGCAUGUCUAUCCGGGAUUGGCAAAGCGAAGGACGAGGAAAGUCUUGAGGUCGUCUACAAUCAGCUCAAACUGGACUUCAACAUCGAGCCAAACACACUGCUCCAGAAUGCAUUGAUGAAAGCAUACACGAGCUGUGAGUCUCCCAGAACAGCUUUGGGCUUCUGGGACGACAUUGCGUCGAGUCGCGAGGGACCGAAUAUCAACAGCAUUCACCUUGCAAUGAGAGCAUGCGAAGAUGCCCCAUGGGGUGAUGAGAAAGCACGCCAAAUAUGGACAAAGCUAAGUCGUACUGGCAUCGAGCUGGACCAGGAUCUCUGGGCUAGCUAUGCUGCAGCACUGGUAGGCAACGGCAAUGCAGAUAAUGCCAUCCGUAUGUUGGAGGAAGCACAUGUCGAACAGGGACUCGACAUGGACACUCUAAUAUAUCCAGAAAUCUGGACAGCGCUGGAAGAGAUAGGCACACGCAUUUCAGAACAGACCGAGCUACCUGAGUUCAAGAUCGAUAGAGAGGUUGAGCCA